UCCCGGCACAGUGACACCAGGGAGGGGGAACCUGCAGACGCCGAGGACCCCCCACAGCAUGGCAGCCACCUUUCCACCCAAAAUCAGCCCUAUGCUGAUGACCCCGGAACCCCAUUACAUCCCCGGGUAUGGCGGAUUUUGCCCUCAGUACAAGUACAACCUGGGCAAAACCUACGGGAAGCUGACCGCAGAUCUGCUGACCAGUCCGGAUAUCCAUCGCUCGGGACACCUGGUGCUACAGUCCUGUCCAUUCCCGCCACCGCGUUACAGCAGCCAUAUAGAAGGUCCGGAAGACAUCACCAAGAGGAGGAGACCCCGCCUAGGAGACAAGAAACUCUCAUGGAGUAUGAUCCCAGGAUACACAGGUUUCAUCCCCAGAUCGCAGAAGUUCUUCGCUAGGACCUAUGCUGAGACCACUCGGGACGCCCUGACGGACUUCCAGAAGGAUCAGCACCUUCAGGACAGCCAGAGGCAGGAGCAGAUACUGACCAGCAAGCUGCAGAGCGGACAGCAACUGCCCCACACUGAGCAAGAGAAGCAGCUCAUCACAGCCAAGUACCGGACUCCACUCCCUGCGCUGUCUAUGGAAGCAGCACCCUACGUCUCUCCCGGGGCCUACCAGAUCCAAGUGUCCCCCUACUACAUGGAGGAUGAGAACCCACAUAAGUACUUCAUCUCAGGUUACACCGGUUAUGUUCCUCGGUCUCGCUUCCUGAUUGGCACCUGCUAUCCCCUCACCACCAAUAGAGCUAUGCAAGAGUUUGGUCACAUGACCCUGAAGAAAAGCAUGAACGUUGGAGGCCAGUCAGAACCACGGGAGGGGAACAAGGAGCAGUCGGAUCAGGGUCACAUCUACAUGGAGGAAUUGGGUCUCCUGCCCCGCUACACAGGAUACGUGCCAGGCUACAAGUAUCAGUACGGACACACCUAUGGUCACCUUACCCAGAAUGCACUGGGCCAGAGCACCCUACAGAAGCAGCUGGUGAAUUAGGAGAAGAAGAAGAGCAGGAGACAUUGCGGCCAAUGUAGUUGACU